AUGGCCUCGCAGCGGCAGGUGGCGGCUCGAUCGGAGUACGCUAACGAUCCCUCCACACCUUUUCCUGGUGCAAGUUCACCACAGCCGUCGUCAACGGCGAGAUCCAACUCGGAAAGAUACACCAACUCUACGCCGCAGCCCAACGGGGUGCCGCCCGAGAGCACGAAACCGGGUUCACCGUCAGAAUCAACCCGAGAUGAUGUGACGCUCACUCCUCUGCGUGCUCACUACCUGAAGAAGUCCUUGAUCGAGUUCCAGCUUGACGCAGAAAUCGAUGGCAUCACCACCGCCGCGCCGAACAACAUAUCGACCUUCUCGUAUCUGGGGCCUCCGUUCAGACCUCCGCCGAAAGAGACGCCGUAUCUAGACCUGCCGCUACUGCGAUACAUCUUUCGCCAGUUCGUCCUCACCUUCCCUUUCCUCGCGUCUGCGCCCAAGGACUUCUUCCCGGAUAAGGUCCAGCCCUUCAUCGCCUCCGUCCUCUCCCGAAAUCUCUCCCCGACGUCUGUCAUGGACGAGAACCCGGAAGAGAGCGAGGAGGCUACGCGCAUGAAGCUGCGAGCGAAGCUCCAUCGUAACCUAGCUGUCUUGAUCAGCGCAGGAACGAAGAUCGUGGAACCUGAGGAAGUGGUGCGAUUGAGACAGGCAGACCUUGAUCGACUGGAGGCUCUUGCCAAGCGCCGUCAACAACGAGGUCUACGAAAUCGUGGGGUCUUCGAAGUCAACGUUAUAUGCGUGCGGACGGAGUUCAUAAUACGAACGCGACGGCCUCAGCAACAUGACGUCUACGUGUCUCGCCGUUACGGCGAUUUCAAGACGCUCGCUACUGAGCUUCGGAAGGCACAUCCUGAAGCGGACAUCCCUCAGCCGCCCGCCAAGGAUCGUUCGACCACGAAUGCGCCAGAGGUUUCGCCCACAAGCGCCGAUUUCAUGCCAGGAUCCUUCGCCCGCUCUCAGACCAUGUCAUCUAUGACCUCCGUAGGCUCCAAUCAGUCCUUCGAAGCAUCGUCGCCCACGACGAAGGCCGCCAAACUGUCACGGGAGAAGAAUCGGCUUACCCUCCGCGCAUAUCUGACCCGCCUCAUGAGCGGUCCUCUGGCCAACAGUCCCGUGCUACGGAGCUUUCUCCUCAGUGGACCGACCCAGUUGAGUCCAGAAGAGGUCGAGGAUGCCAAGAGACGCGAGGAGGCAGACAAGUUGCGAGACGAAGGUCGGAAGCGUUUCGCGAAAGAGAUCGCACUUCGAGUCGAGGGACUUCGAGCGGCCUUGCGUAGCGUGAAGGGAGACAUGAUGGGGAAGGACGGGCUCAGUCACAUCUUUGCGACAAUAAAGGAGCAUCAGCACGUUCGGGAUCUACCUGAAAACUAUCAGGCGGUCAUUGAAUGGGGUCGGAUGUCAUUAGCUUCGACUGUUUUCCAGCAUCUGGUGGCGGCAGAUAAUGCAUCGGAGAAUUUAGCAUUCAUCAAGAGAAUUCAUGGAUUGAUGCCAUACUUGAUGCUGAAGACUGCCUUGCGGAUCAGCAAUCCAGUCGGGAUGAUAAGAAAUAUUCUUGACCUCUUCCUAGCACAACCCUUCGGCAGUCGAAGUUUGCUUCAGCGUAUGUUUACAAGCUCCUUGACGGAGGAGGUCAAGGCGCUCGAGGAAGAUAUCGAAGCCGUCAAGGAUAAAGUCGAUGACCCCGUUCUUUGCGAGAAAGUUCGAAUCUUUGUCUACGCGCCUCCGGAAAUUCAGGCCAUAUAUAAGGCGGAUGCAGUGGCUGAAAACGUCAAUGUGCUAACGGCCGUCCUGCGAUCGGGAGAGGAGCCAUAUUUAUCCCGGCCCCAGAUGAACCGGGUCCAACGGGCGCAUCGUGCCCAUCUCCAGUACCAGAAGUACCGAGGAACUCUAGCGGAUUCUGAUGACGAUAACGGGCCUGAAGACGAAGAUGCGUGGCUAUUUGAAGAUCUUGGCAUUCUUGCGAAGCUGUACUCUAAGCUGAGGGAUCGUGAACAAAUGAUAGAGCUCAUCUUUGAGGCACGUCAGACCCGCGCAUUCAACUGGAACAUGUUCUCAUAUAACGCAUACCAGGGAACGACAGCCGAUCUUCUAAAGGAUAUCGUUACAAUAUUUUACUCCCCUCUGGCGCAGGUCUACAAGGCGGCCAAUAUUGCCGACUCAGUUAGCGACUUACAAGCCUUUGUGACGGAUUUGAUUAAAACUGUGGAACAAGCCGAAGAUGCCGGGCAGGAUGAUCCACAAAGAACAGUCAGGAUAUUUGUUGACCUCAUCGAACGACACGAACAAUCGUUCUACUCAUUUGUGCACCGAGUUCACUCGAAGGGUGAAGCCUUGUUCGAAAGCUUGAUGCAUUGGAUAGAGCUCUUCCUGACGCUCGUACGGGAGGGCAUCGGCUCCACCGUCAUUGAUGGACCAGUCAGCCUUGAAUUCUUAUUACCUCACGCGGGUCAAGAACGUCGCGAAAUAUUACAUGAGGUGGACGCGGUGGCUCUUUACCACUAUAAGCUCAAAGUCGCGUACGAGGAGAAGAUCCGCAGGCGUUUUGGCCGGUCUCAGCAACAAAGCGAAGCUGAUGCCCAGGACGAAGCCGCUCAGGCCCUCGUCAAUGGAGUUGUAGAUGAACUCAGCUUUGGGGAGCUGACACACGGAGAGACAGAGGAUCUGGCCGCCGAAGAAACCGACGAGUCUGACGAGGAGUACAGCUCAAGUGAGGAGAGCUCAGAUGAGUACGACACCGCUUCUGAAGACGAGAGUACGGAGCAUGGCAGUCCGCCGCCGCCGCCGCCGCCUCGGCAGAGAACCCUUAGCCACGGUACCCAGGCCAGCUCAUCGAGAAUAAGCUCUGACAAGCGUCGACCUCCCCCUCCUCCGCUGAAGAAAUCUCGCUCGUUGCUUUCGUUGUCUAGGAAACAUCCGAAAUCAGCACCUGCAGAUACGCCGCCGGUUCCCCAUCUGCCUCCAGAGUUCCGCAAUUCAAUGUCGAAGCCCCUUCCCUCGCCGCCUUCGCAAGCCAAUGAGGGUAGGCGGAGUGUCGGAUCGGGUCGACCUACUCCACUCAGAGCAAGAAAGCCGAAAGGCCCGCGUCCGGAGACCAUUAAACCCCCAACAUUGAUACAUAUACCUCAGCUGCGUCCUAUUUUCGUGGAAAUGAUACGUCCUAUCCUGCGACCACGCCAACUCUAA